AUGGACUGGGAAUCCCUCGCAACGAAGAAGAGGAGUGACCUUGAGGCGUCGAUUCCUCCAGAAUGGCGCAUCAAAACUCACCCCGCUGACGGCUCUGUCAUGUCAUUCCCAAGGACGAGUGGACACCUCACACUGGAAGAACUGGUUAUUACUGAAUACUCAGCUACAGAGUUGGUUCAAAAGCUAGCUACUGGAAAGCUUACCUCGGUUGCGGUCACCAGGGCUUUUUGCAAGAGAGCCGCGCUGGCGCAUCAGUUGACAAAUUGCAUUCAUGAGUUUUUCCCAGAUAUAGCGCUAGCCAGAGCGCAGUAUCUGGAUGGUUACCUUGCAGAGCACAAGAAGCCAAUCGGGCCAUUGCACGGACUGCCCAUUUCAUUGAAAGACCAACUCCGCGUAAAGGGUCUUGACACUACUAUGGGUUACGUUUCUUGGAUUGGAAAGAAAGAUAAAGAUAAUUCUGUCCUUACGACCAUGCUUCUCAACGCUGGUGCGGUACUAUACGUCAAGACCUCCGUACCCCAAAGUCUGAUGGUGUGCGAGACUAUCAAUAACAUCCAUGGCCGUACCACGAAUCCUCGGAACAAGAACUGGUCUUGUGGAGGGAGCUCCGGGGGAGAGGGUGCUAUCGUCGCAUUGCGUGGUGGUGUGAUAGGGGUUGGAACUGACAUUGGUGGCUCGAUACGAGUUCCGGCAGCCUUUAAUUUCCUUUACGGUCUCCGACCUAGUCAUGGCCGUCUUCCCUACGCUAAGAUGGCCAACAGCAUGGAAGGGCAAGAGACCAUCCACAGCGAACCUUGGUCCUACGACUCAAAGGUUAUUCCAAUGCCGUGGCGAAGAGACGAAGAGGAGGCUAUCAAGGCCAAGAUAUCCUCCAGCGGAUUGACUCUAGGCUACUAUUCAUGUGACGGCAACGUUCUGCCUCAUCCACCGGUUCUACGAGCAGUUCAAACUGUUGUCGAUAAGCUCAGUGAAGCUGGGCAUACAGUCCAUCCUUGGGAACCUUACAAGCAUGCACAUGGUGUUAGUCUUGCCAAUCGCAUCUACGCAUCUGACGGGGGAACUGAUAUAUUCGGUGUUCUCAAAGCUUCUGGAGAGCCAGCGAUCCCGAAUAUCGCCGAUCUAGUGAGCCCAAACCUGCCAAAGAUGAACGUCAAUGAACUUUGGGAUGUGCAGCUUCAGAAAUGGGACUACCAAUGCGAAUAUCUUUCCAAAAUCCGUCAAUUUGAAAAGGAGCUAGACAAAGAGCUAGAUGCUAUCAUUGCUCCUAUUACGCCUACCGCGGCUAUCCGACAUAAUCAAUUCAAGUAUUACGGAUACGCCAGUGCUAUCAACAUUCUCGAUUUUACUAGCGUCGUGGUACCAGUCACGUAUGCUGACAAGGCUAUCGAUAUCAAAAACGAGAAGUUGAAGCCGUUGUCAGAUAUUGACGAGACUGUGCAGGCUGAAUAUGACCCGGCAGAGUAUCAUGGCGCACCGGUGGCAGUGCAGAUCAUAGGAAGGCGAUUGACCGAGGAGAGAGUGAUGUGUAUUGCCGAAGAAGUAGGGCGACUACUUGGGAACGAGGUAACACAGUAA